GAGCGGGCGACAAGUCCGCGGAUUCCGCCACAACUUGAACUACCGUCGACGCGUUGCCCCUAACCAGCGAUUUUAUUUCUGUCAGCCGCGACGCCGAGGAUUGUGUACGGUUUUCACACUGACAGUUUCGCUCGAUUGGAGGCGAGAUCCAGCCAGGUGAUUAGGACUGUUUCACUGCUUCCUAUCCACGCUCUUCCAUGCACGUCAUGCGUCGUGGCUCGCGAAUUGAUAACAAACAAUCCAUUUGAUGCCCGAACGUCUAGGCUUUUCUGUAUUGAUUUCGGUCUUCGCACACAGUGAUAACUUCUCAGUUAUUGAACGCUCAAGCUCUGGUUGCAAUGUAUUUGGAUUCGGUAUGGUGGUUCCGGGUGAUCCUUGAGAGCGUUGUCGUGAUCAUCGGGAUACCAGGUAAUCUGCUCAUCAUUCAGGUAUACACGGCCAAGAAAAACAAGGUCACGCCUCACAUCUUCAUCAUUGGUCUGACUUGGGCCGACGUGAGUGUAUGCCUGCUCCGGAUCAUCACUCUAGUCCAACUCUUUCCCCCGCUCGACACUCUCCGCUCGUCCAAUGAGUUUUUCUGCCGUGUACAGCCCAGCAUCGAUGCCUGGCCAAAAUACACCUCCAUAUUGCUGACUUCAGCCGUGGCAGUCGACCGCUACCUAGCCAUCUGCAGGCCACACGGUCGCCGGUUGACCGUGCGGCGGGCCCGGCACGUCGUGCUUGGCUGCUUUGCGGUGUCCGUGUUGGUCACGCUGUCGUAUUUGUUCACCUACGGCGUGGUGACUUUGGAGGACGGCUCGCAGGCCUGCCUUUUCAUCCUGCCCUCUGCGGUAAUCAGCGCUCAGUUUAUCAUCCUGAUGAUCUCCUUCGUUGCCUCCGUGAUCCUCAUUGUGGUUCUCUAUAUCAAAAUCUACCGGACAGUCAACCGGAUGGCGAAGGUGCGUCCGGGGAACAAGGUGCGACGCGAAGCUCGGCAGCCAACCUGCCGACCAUCCCAAGACGAUUCCACUGCCAUAGCAGAGGGCAUCACACCCAAGCAACUAAAAACUCUCACCAGUGGAACCAACCGAGAGAUCCCUAAGGUUAAGCCCGCAUAUGACCCGGAGGAUCGCAGGAGUCCUCCUCAGCCAGAACAGGGAAACCCACGACACAAAGGGGUUACAAAGCUAGCGUGGACUGGGGAUCAGCAGGAGAUGAAGGAACUACCAAUCCUAGAUCCACUCCCGAAGACCACAGCGCCUAGCACCAGUGCACUCAACGCUACCCGCGAUAACCCCUCAAGUACAGUUCCAGGAGCUCACAGCACAGCUGCAGACGAAACCAACCGACCCACGGCCCAAACAUUCCACAAGCGAACCACGCUCAUGCUCCUGCUAUCGACGGUGGUCUUUGUCGUCACUCUUUUACCACUCUGCAUCAUCUUGACACUGUAUCCCCUCAUUGUCCCAUUUUUGCAGAACCAGACGGUUCGGUUCUGCGUGAACGUGGCCUCUUACCUCAACGUGAUCAACAAUGCGGCCAACCCUAUCCUAUUCAGCUAUGUCAAUCGCAAGUUCCGUGAAGAAAUGAAGAGGUCGCUGAGAAAGCUGUGCUGCCAAGGUUGCCGUUUUCGAAACUAAUUACUUUCUCUGCUGCUGAAAAGGAACCUCUACUGUCCAGACAUGGCAUCAGAUCAUAUCUUGCAAGUCCAAGUCAAGUCACAAGUGAUGUUUGCUCGUCCAAAUCAAGUUAAAAGUUAAGUUAAAAGAGAAGUCAUAUAAAGGAUGACGCGAUUCCAACUGGCGUCAAGUCCGCCAAGUCGCUUAAACUCGAUUAACGACUCUGCUACCGUCCGACAUCUUUUUUAGCGUUAUGUUGCACAUGCUUACCGUACAAGAGAAGAGGGAAAGAUAGGAAAAUUAGUUCUUGUUUGAAGCAAAAGGUUAGCUUGAAAAAUGGUGUUGAUUUGUUGUUAGGUAUUUUUGCAACCUCUGCACGAAUACAAUUAAAACACACGGGCAUAUUUCCGACUAGAGGUCGUUUAAAGCAAACACAAGUAGGAUUCCAGUUGAUCCAGCAUUGCAGUUGGACACUGUCCACUCUCUUCAAAUUAAAAUAACAAAGCCUUGGUUUAGGCUCAUGCUGACCAGAAAUUAUAGCGACUAUUUAGCUUUAUAAUGCUAUAAUUUGUUUUCGUCUUUUCAGAUACCGUUUAACCUCGCCACUGCUGUGAAUUCCACAUGUAAAAUGCCUAUACACAUUUCCUCCCUGGCCUUGACACGCCCAACCAUAGCCGUUUACAUGCUAUCAAAAAAGGUUUUCCACUUCGUCAAUUCCCAAGAAGAAGUAAUUCUCCUUUGCCGACCGAGCAGCAACCAAUUCCCCUUCCAUAACUCGACACAUAUCACUUUUUCUAUUUUUCUGGUGUGAAUUCUACCAAAGAGCAACAUCAACCUAACACUGCCUAUAAACUGAUGUCAGCUACGGACAGCUCUGGGGGUAUACGUUACAGCAGACUGGGUUGAAGCCUAUCAAGCAGAAAUUGAGGGUCCAAAGGCCCCAGUAAACUACUACUACAUGUACAAUGGAAAACAAUGCGACACAAAUUGGCCACAACAAGAUGCUCAACAGUUAUGAGUCGGAAGGGAAAACUCUUACAAGUGCAAUCAUCAAAUAACAUUCGGAUUAUUUCUUGAAUGAAGGUACAAUAAAGGAAAGGGAUUAAUAC